AUGCUAAUUAGAACGGUCUUCGGGAUUAUGACUUUUAUUACCCAUAACUAUAACCUCUCCGGAGACGAUUACUCGAAGAUUAAGCUGCUCUACUGCGCUAGUCUAAUCUUUAUUAAGAGCAGUAUCUGUGUAGCUCUAAUCCGACUUAUCGUUACUAGACGCCUGCUCUACACCUUGUACGCUAUCUUAGCUCUUAGCGCUAGUUACGGUUUUAUCGCCAUAAUGACAGGAAUUAUCGUUUACAUCUUAUACUUCGUUACGGCAUGCUUAAUUACGACCGAUCUUGCUUACGUAGUCAUACCGAGACUUAAGUUUAUAGUGGCUACUAUGCUUAGUCUAGGCUUCUUGGCCAGUGCUGCUAUAAUAGUACGCAUUAAGUAUCUAGACUCGUACUUUACGACCGAGGACCUUACUUUUAAAGUUUCUAACGUCUCAUUUGCCCUUCGAUCUAUAGGUCGCCACGGCCAUCACAAAACGCACAUUUCCGGUAAAGCCUCUAAAGAUUUAGAUAAGGAUGAUAGCAUAAAAGACAUAUUAACUAAUGAUCUAGACAUUAUCUUAGUUCGCUUAGAAAGUUUUAAGAGCUUCACUUUCUAA